AUGAUAAAUAUUUAUACCCUAUUAACAUUAAUUCUUGGCUCUUUCUUGUCAUUUUCUGGAUUUUAUCAACCAACUUAUUAUGCUUUGAACAAUUCUGGACAAUGGAUCAGAAUUCGUGAUGAAAUAUCAGUAAGACGAUUUCGACUAGUUUUAUUAUUUGUACAAGUAAUAACUGAUUCCUUAUACAUUUUAUUUUCAUGGUUCACUCGCAUUAAAUUGGAAAAAAUGGAAUUGCUCAAACGAGCAAAAGAAAUGGUUACAUUUUGAGAUUUAGAAACAUUGAAAAAACAUAAUGUUUGUUUCAGAAAAUGAUGAACCUUCUGUUGAUAAAUAUUCCAAUAAUGCUUAUAAAUGUUUAUCAUCAACUUAGUUAUAUACUUGAUAGCCCAUUUCUUGUUCAUAUUGAUAACGAAGUAAGUUUGAAGAGGGAUUUGAUGAGUACUAAAGUUAGUAUCAAUUAA